AAGCCAAAUCUUCCCUCAACCACACUCGCCAGUUACCGCAACAACACUCUACCUACACAACACAGGUAGCUUGUUCAUAGAAGCAUAAGCACGCCAAAAACCGCGCGUUCAUUUGCCACGAACAACGCGAUGUCGGACCAAAAUCAUGCACCCACAGCACGAUCCAAGCCGCCACCGGCGGGCGAGGAGGAAGCCGGCACGAUGCUUAAGCUCGGCGAGUUCGAGGACGUGGACACUUUGACGCUGUCCGAGGCAUCGCUGGUCAUCAACGCGCUGAUGACGAAGCGGCGAAAAGACCGAAAAGACCGGAACGAGACCGACGUCCUGAACAAGACACUCGACUACCUCGACGCGUUUGCGCGUUUCAAACAAAAGGAAAAUGUCGAGGCCGUGGAACGGCUACUCAGUGCGCACAAAGAGCUCACGAAAUACGAGAGGGCGCAGAUCGGUUCCCUCUGUUGUGACAGCGCAGACGAGUGCAAGACUUUAAUACCCUCGCUAGCCGACAAGAUCAGUGACGAGGAUCUUCAAGAGCUUCUGGACGAGAUGGCUAAGCUCAUGAGCACUUGAGGAAGUUGGCCCUGGCCCGGUUUAGAAUGGGCAAUAGGCGCACAAUAUACCCCAGGGGAGAUGAUUCGGUCGGGGGCAAGAUUGGUGGCUAGGUGGAAUUCGUGCAUAACAACGCAUAUAUCUCUCGGGAAUCUGAGACGGGUGGCAGAAAGCGGGCAUCUCCGCAUGGCACGGCGUACA